CUGACGUCAUGACAGGUGUAUAGUGUUGUGAGUGGACAAUUGAUGGAAAGCGCCCACGCGUGAAUAAAUGUUAUUAAAUAUAGCCGGAGUACAGAUAAAUUAUAAGUAGUCGAUGUUGUCUUCCAUUGGGUUCUUCGCUGAAAUAGACUGUCCAUUUUUCAGACGUGACCACUGUAAGCGGCCCCACUGUCUGUACAAGCAUGACAAAGACGAGCGAGGAAUGUUUGACAACACCCUGUAUGGGUCACCGGUAACAGCAGCAGGUGUUUGGAAAACUCAUUCCACUUCCAUUAAUGGAGUCCCACAGGUCAAUGAAGCCAAAGACCCUUGCCUUUUGGAGUUGGAGAGGAUCAACAAAGAAAUUGAGACUGUUAAGAAUGAGGUUGAGAAGGAGCAAAGGAGAUUAUCUCGUUACCAAACUGUGCAGGUGGACAGUGAAAGAACAGGGUCCAAGAAAGUCUUGAUUGCCAAAUCUGAUACACCAGGUAAAGAUCUGAAUGGAAAUAGUGUAAAGUCUAAACACAGGCAGUCAACUCCAGGCUAUUCUCCUGCCCGGAGGAAGUAUGUGGUUGACAACUCCAAACCCAGGACUGAUUUGGAAUACGACCCCUUGUCCAACUUCUCAGCUUCUUUGCGAUCUAGUGGUUAUUCUGAGUACAAACCAGGUAAUGAGCAGAAAGUGAGAAGUGGGCAAGGUGUGAAGAGGACUAGAGAGAAUGUUUGUAAGGAGGACCAAACUAAGCCACCUUCUCAAGAGUUCACUGCCUCACCAGCUAGUAGUAACAAGCUAGUUGAUGAGUCUGAAGAAGAAGAAGAAGGGGUCCUCAUCAUUGAUAUUCCACCUCUGGAGAGCGAUAGAAAGAAGUGUCGGGCUCAGAAGCCCUGUAAGAUCAACACAAACCAAUCACAGGAAAUCGAAGAGGAUGUCCACCCUGUUUUUGUUCCUACUGUGGCUCAUGCUCCACUUAGUAUUCCACUUCCUGUGUCCACUCCUUGUCCUGAAGUAGUCGAAGUCCUAUCCCCACCUGCAGUGUCUGAGAUUGUGAAAGAUGAUAACCUCAACACUUAUGGCCUAUCUAGUGUUUCCGCUAGUCGGGGAAAUGAUGGUGAACCCAGUGCUGAGAGUGUAUUCGAUGACUUGUCCAAAUGCUUGGAAAACCUGAGAAGUGAAAGUGAGAGAAUAGUUUGUUACCAAGAGGCUGAAGUCACUGUGGAAAGCAAAAUGAGUCUAUCAUCCUUACAGACACGCCACCAUAAUGAACCAGUUAAGACUGAUGUCAACUUACUGAUGACAGAACCUGGAUUGCUUGAACGUGAGCUUGCCCACAACUGUGUUGAGAACAGUAACCAUCUUCAACCCAAUGAAGUCUCAUAUGGACAUAUAUCUUCACUACCUCAUAAUGUUUUAGUCCCUCCCUCUGUCUCCUCCCCCCAUAAACUCCCCAUUGAGACCCAGAGAAGUGAGCAGCCAGUAGCACAGAGCUCUGCUCAGAGUUACUGGUCACCUGUACAAAGUGUAUCAUCAGUGCCAUGUCUGCAGAAAAUACCCAGCCAAACGCCAGGGCUUGAUUUCUCCCUUCCUAGUCCAGUUCCGGGAGCAAACUUUGUAGAGCAAGCGGCAACUACUGUGGGUUUCACCCAAUGCCAGCUGUUAUAUGGGCCAACUGCGUCAGGGACUAAUGGAGUGGAAUUACAAUCUGCACCUUUAGAGCAGCCUACUGUGGAAGCAAUGAAUGAACACAUUGUUAUUGAUUCAAAUUCUGAGGAGCUCGAGUAUUCAGAGUUAUCUGAUAGUGACACAAUGGAGGAAUGCUAUCGUAUCUUCAUGGAGGAAGCCAACAAGGGUGAAGAGGGUUCGACAGACCAGGCUUGUACACCUGUAGGAGCUGUGGAUGUGGAGACACCAGGGUUAGCAGUGAAACCCAAACCGUUGCCAGGACCCAGGAAGAGGGUGGCCCAUGUGUCCAGAUAUACUGAGCCACCGGUGGGCAAAAGCAAAGCCCAGGUGAUCGUUCCUUUCCGUGGAGGAGCCCCCCAGUUGUCCAACCCUUCUAAGAUCCAGCAGCUGCAGCAGAGGGCCUCUGUUUUGUCCGCUGCUCUGAAAGGAGGCCAGGCGUUCAUCUCCAACUCGCAGAGGAAAAUGGUGAUGCUCCCUUCUCCUGCUCAUCAGGCCAGUCAUCAGGCCAGUCAUCAGGCCACCCACCAUCCAGUUCAAUACCUCAUUCACCAGCCAACUCACCAAACUACUAUGCAAAACUCCUGUGUGAACGUCAUACCUGUGGGAACAGCCAUCCAGGUGGGCAACAACCUGCACUUCAUCCUCCCAGAGGGAAGCUACACUCUGCCCAUCACUCCAGCUAAUUCUCCAGUCACCCCGGUCCAUACCCCGGUCCAUACCCCGGUCCAUACCCCAGUCCAUACUCCAGUUACACCUGUUCCUGUACAACCUCAGCCUACUGCCUAUAUCCCUGCUAAGCCCAUUCCUACCAAACGUAAAGCCAAGAUGCGUCCUGAGGUCAGCGCCAAAGUCCCACAUGACGUACGGCAGCGCUAUGUAAACCUGUUUGUAGAGGAAUUCCUCAAAACGUCCGUCACUGUACAAGAUGCUUUUGAAAAGGCUCUUGCUGAGGAGAAGACUGUGUAUGAUCGCAGCAUCAACAAACUCAAGUAUCUGAGUGUUGCAGUGAAUGCACUGAAGAGGCUGAAGAACCAGAGUUCCGUCUCUGUCAAAGCUGGAAAUGAAACUAAUGUCCAGUUGUCCAAAGGAAAUAUUCCACUCAAUGAAAAAGCACUUUGGGGAAAUGGAGAUGUUGCAUUGUAUGACAGUUUGAAGGAGCACAUUCUGUCAGAGGAGAUAUUGACGGAGAAUAACUAUCCUCUUCAGCACCCAGAGAAAUCUGGCAGUGCCAUAUUGUACCGUGAAGACUAUAAAAAGGGAAUCACUGAUCCUUUGAAGAGGAUUUGCUGUCGUUGUGGGGCCACUUACUCUGUGAACCAAGUGGGAAAGCACACUCGCAAGGAGGAGUGCAACUACCACUAUGGGAAAGGAGUUGAGAAGAAGGUUCCAGGUGGAGUGGAAACGCGCUACAGCUGCUGUGAAGGUGUGGCUGGGUGUCCUGGAUGCCAAGUCUUCAAGCUGCAUGUCCAUGAUGCAGUUAGCCUGGAUGGCUUUGUCAGUACCCUUCCAAGGCCUGACUCUGACAAGGGAUGCCCGGGUGUGUUCUCAGUCGACUGUGAAAUGUGCUAUACCACUCAAGGUCUGGAGCUGGCCAGAGUGACUGUUGUCAACUCCAGUUUGCAGGUCAUCUAUGACACCUUUGUGAAACCUGAUAAUGACGUCAUUGACUACAACACCAGGUUUUCAGGCAUCAAUGAAGCUGAUGUGAAAGGAACAAGCUCGUCCAUCCGAGACGUUCAGGAGACUCUACUGAGCUUUGUCAGUGCUGAGACUAUACUGAUCGGCUACGGCUUGGAAUCUGACCUCUGUGCACUGAAGAUGCUCCAUGGCACCGUGGUGGACACCUCUGUGUCGUUCCCCCACCGCCUGGGCCUGCCUCAUAAGAUGACCCUCCACAACCUGACAGCAGACUACCUCAGGAGGAUCAUCCAGGAGAGUGUGGGUGGCCAUGACUCAGCAGAAGAUGCUGCUGCCUGUAUGGAGCUCAUGCUGUGGAAGGUCAAAGAAGAUGGCAAAACUAAACGAUGGUGAUCUGAAUAAAACUGGCAUCGCCCACCUUCAUUAUUCAUGAAAUCACAGAGAUGUAUGUUAAAAUGUCACUUAUUUGUAUAAAGGGGAAGUGUUGUUGGCUCAUUUCUUCAAAUGGUCUGGGUAGGCUUGGAGUGGGAAAUUAUAUUUGUUAUGUACAUUAGUUUUUUGAUGGAAUUCAUUUUUGUUUAAUCUUUGUUCAAUAUUAUGCUUCUCAAUCUCUUAUGCCAAUGUAAUUAUUAUUUGGGGAUGCACUCAACACUGGGAAAGAAUAAUAUAUAUAUUGAAAGUAAAAGCACAGUAAAGAAAUCUGUUGUGGGGUAUUAUUGUUAUUAUGAUCAUGGUUGAUGGAAAUUGCAGCAUUAUGCUUUCAUAGCUGUGUGUGACACCUGAGGAGAUUAGUCAAGUCCAACAUCCAAUAAACUCAAUGUGAGCAAGAAACAGGCCCCUCCCCAGUCUAUCUACAGUCCUCAACACUUUCAGAUGUUAUGUGAUGAUACAUAAAACCUCGGUGUCACUGAGGAUAAACUAUUUCAAUAAUUAUUUAACACCAUUCUUUUGAAAGAACUGGUCCAACUUGUGUAAAGCCUUUCAUUUCCUCUACAACCAGGCAAUGAACGCAAACGUUAACUAAAAUAAAUGGAACGUACAAUAUGAGACAAAACAUUCUGAUUCUGUUUGGUGGCUAUCACUUCUCCCUGAUGAGGAAGAAAGUCAAGUAACAGUAUUGAAAUAAUAUUGCCUGGUGAUGAACCCAUAACAAAUUGAAUGAACAGAACGGGCAAGGAUCCUCUAACCCUGGCAAUUUGACUGAUAAACUCAUGGGUACACUCAAUUGCUGACUUGUAUUGUGAUGCAAUAAUUUCCAUGGUAAUAUAGAAUGUUCAUUCAAAUCAUGCUAACUGAUGUGGCUCAUGCAAUGGAAUGUAUUUUUUGUAAUGUCAGUUGAGUUGAUUUAACAAAUCACAACACAUUUGGUGUUUUUACUUACUGCUUUUAUUUCCUGCUCUUACG